AUGGCUGCGCUGCGGAGGCUCUUGUGGCCGCCGCCUCGGCUGUCGUCUCCGCUCUCCCCGCACCAGCCCUUUCCCGGGCCUUGGGGGCGGCCUGCGGGGGUGGCCCCGAGCCCUCCUGGCCGGUGCUUCUCCUGCCGGGAGGAGGAAGACGGGGCUGUGGCUGAGGCGGCUUGGAGGCGACGGCGGCGCUGGGGCGAGCUGAGCAUCGCCGCGGCGGCCGGCGGGGGGCUAGUCGGCCUCGUGUGCUACCAGCUGUAUGGGGACCCCCGGGCCGAGCCCGCGCCGCCGCCGGAACGCCCCUCCGAGAGCUCAGCGGGAGAGCCCGAGGACCCUCCGCGGGCCCGGGGGCUGCUCCCCAUCCCGGUGGCCGCUGCCAAGGAGACAACGGUUUCUGUAGGCAGAGCAGACAUUGAAGACUUAGACCUCUACGCAACAUCACGGGAGAGGCGAUUCCGUUUAUUUGCUUCUGUAGAAUGUGACGGGCAGUUGUUCAUGACUCCAUCUGAUUUUAUUUUGGCUGUUACAACAGAUGAGCCCAAAUAUGCUAAAACAUGGAAAUCAUUUUCCAAACAGGAAUUAAAUCAAAUACUUUCAGAAACACCACCAGUUUGGAAAGGAUCAUCAAAGCUAUUUCGAAAUCUUAAAGAAAGAGGUGUGAUUUCUUACACAGAGUAUCUUUUUCUUUUGUGUAUUUUAACAAAGCCACAUGCAGGUUUUAGAAUAGCUUUCAACAUGUUUGACACUGACGGCAAUGAGAUGGUGGAUAAAAAGGAAUUUUUGGUGCUUCAAGAGAUAUUCAGGAAAAAAAAUGAAAAGAGAGAAACUAAAGGAGAUGAAGAAAAACGUGCAAUGCUGCGUCUUCAACUUUAUGGAUACCAUUCUUCUACUAAUAGUGUACUUAAAACAGAUGGAGAAGAACUUGUGUCCAGAAGUUACUGGGAUACACUGAGACGUAGCACAAGUCAAGCACUCUUUUCCGACCUCGCAGAGCGAGCUGAUGACAUCACAAGUUUAGUAGCAGAUACUACACUUCUUGUACACUUUUUUGGAAGGAAAGGAAAAGCUGAGCUCAACUUUGAAGACUUUUAUAGAUUCAUGGAUAACCUCCAAACAGAAGUUUUAGAAAUAGAAUUCCUUUCCUACUCUAAUGGGAUGAAUGCUAUCAGUGAAGAAGAUUUUGCUCAUAUUCUUCUGAGAUAUACAAAUGUGGAAAAUACAUCAAUAUUUUUGGAAAAUGUGCGUUACAGUAUACCUGAAGAAAAGGGCAUCACAUUUGAUGAAUUCAGGUCAUUUUUCCAGUUUUUGAAUAACCUAGAAGACUUUGCAAUAGCCUUGAAUAUGUAUAAUUUUGCAAGUCGAUCUAUAGGACAAGAUGAAUUUAAGCGUGCUGUCUACGUAGCCACUGGCCUCAAACUUUCGCCGCAUUUAGUGAACACGGUCUUCAAGAUUUUUGAUGUUGACAAAGAUGAUCAAUUAAGUUAUAAAGAAUUUAUUGGAAUUAUGAAAGACAGACUCCAUAGAGGGUUCCGGGGUUAUAAGACAAUUCAAAAGUAUCCCACUUUCAAAUCCUGUCUCAAGAAGGAACUUCAUAGCAGAUAAAGACUCCUAAAACAGAGCAUAAAGCAUUACUGUCUACGUGGCAUAUGCAACAAGCAACAAUUUUCAAGAGUUGUGGAAGCAGGUCCGAGAUCAGAACAUGCAGAAAUUAAGCAAAAGGUGGAAAGCACUGGGAAUCACUUUUCCCCCCAGAACUGAGUCCUCAUGUGUAGCACCGAUAAAGUGUAUCUUCUCAGUAACUACAAAGGUUGUGUUGUCAAGGUAAGCUUUGGCCUUGAUGUAGUCGUUUGAACUUACUCAUUCCUUUCAAGAGUAUAUACAUAAGACUUCUAAUAACUAUAAGAAUGUAUUUAAUUUUUUCUAUUUAUUUAUUAGAAAAUUGCCUCAUUUCAAAAUAAUAUAUUGCUUAUUGAUUAUAGAUCACCUGAAAAUGAACAGCACUUUUUAUUUUUACUGUGAACAUAUUUUCAGAAAAUGUAUAUUGCUUGAUAUUAAUCUUAGGGCCCUUAGGAUUGUUAGUGAAUCUCUUAAUUCUUAGUUUUUUAAUUAGCUUAAAGUAAUUUUCAUAGAAAAUGUGCCACUAUAUCAUGGUUUACAUUGUUCUUUUAACUUUUUUAGCCACUCAACAUAUAUAUUUUUUAAUUGCUUUAACUCUGGGGUUUUUUGGUUGUCUAUUUGUUUUGUUUUCAUUUUUAUUCAUUUACCCAAGUCAACAGAAUGUCUGGUAUUUUUAAUGUAUACAGUAAAGAUAUAUAAAACUGACUUUUUUUCUUUAAAAAUGUGUAUAAACUCAAUUUUAAGAGUCAUUGUCAUUGUCUUAAACAUGAUGCUGCUCUUAACUGCAGAUGAUGGGUUAGUAACACUAGUAAAAUUAUAGCUCUCUUAUUCCAUAUUGUUAAUAUAUAUGCCUGAAGUGUUAAAAUGAGUAUUAGAAGAGACCAUAAAAUUGUUUAAAAGAUUGAUGUAUAUACUAGAUAGAAGUUAAUAUUUGUGUCUUGCAAAAGGACCACAUGCAAAGUGAUGCCGUGUUAAAUAAAUAUUAUCAAUUACUUCAAAAUAAAAUGUCCUAACGGAGGAAAGGAGAAACUUUUGAUUGAAAAAUCAACACAAUUAGAUUUUCGCAUGGAGAAAAUCAUUCGAAUGGUACUUAAUGAAUCAGUUUAGAAAUAAUAGUUUAUACAUGGAUAUGUAAAAAACAAGAUAAAUUUAAACUAGCCUAUUAAUAUAUUUCAUGUGGAAGAUAAUAUUUAUCUUUCUUUUUAAGACAUUUAAUUUAUGGUUACACACACUCCAGAUAUUACAUUGCUUUUGCAUAUGAAAAUAAAAACUGACUGUUUUUAUAAGUUAUUAAAUAUGAAAAUGAGACUAAUAGCCUAUUUAUAAAACUAAUGUUAUUUCCAAGAAAAUGUUAUUAGCAUUAUCAAUGUAUUUGAUGGACUUUUUACUUUCUUUAUCUGAUAUUGUUUAUUACACUGAUACAGAAAUAUGUGAUUCCUGAAUGUAAGGAGCCCAUGCAAUGUAAUAAUUUAGUUUCCCUUCUUUUGAAGGUAGAGUCAGUUGAGCAUCUUGUAAAGUUAACUAAAUGAAAUGCCUAUUUCACUUGUUGAGCAUGUUCCCAUCUGUUUUACCUACACUGAAUGUCCUCAGUUAUCUGCUAUCUCAAGUAACUGAGAAAUGCAAUUUACUUUAAUCUUUGUCUAUAAGUUAGAUCUUACAUACAUAGAAAUAUUACUGUUUUAAAGUCUUACAAAUAUAGAUAAAAACUGAAUUAGGUUUCUAUUGUUUUAUGUAACUACCACUUCUCUAAGAAGGAACACUAUGCUAUAUGUGUAAUCUUCUUUAUUGCUCAGGGUGAGUGAAUGUAUCAGCUUAUACAUCUGAAUAAUAUUAAAACAUGGAUAGAAUAUUCUGAGCAAUUAAAACAGAAUAAAAGUCAUGAAUUAUAA